AUGGCGCCGCCGGCGUUGCUGCAGUGGCUGGCCACGCGGGGCCCCACUUACUUGGCAGGUUUGGCGAAGAGCCCGUGGGUGGGCGGCGUGUGUGGGGCCGCGAGCACGCUGGGCUGGCUGGCGGGUCUGCUGCUGCUGCUGCUGCUGUGUCUGCUGCUGCUGUGUCUGCUGCUGCUGCUGCCGCUGCCGCGCAGCUGGCGCCGCGUCUACCGGCCCGCAGUCAUCGGCACGGGGGCCCUCGCCCCCAGGCCCCUCAACUUGGCGCUGCUGCACAAGGAGCAGCAGCAGCAAGGUGCUGCUGCUAGCUGCGGCGCAUGCGAAGGCCCCAGCAGCAGAAGCUGGGGCUAUUUGCUGCGGCUCUCAGGCCUAGUGAGGCCCUGGCACGCGCACCACAAGCGGGGGCUGCUGGGGGCCCUGGCCUGCCGUUCUGCUGCUGCCAUAUCCCCCGCGGGGGCCCCCGACGCCUUUGCUGCGCAGCCCAACUCCUCCUUUCCCCUCUUUCUGCUGCCCCACAGCGCCGUCGACCGAUUUGCUGGCUGGGGGGGCGAAGCCCCCGUGGCUUCUCCGAACUUUUCUCCACAUCCUUCUUUUGCUGCUGAUCUCCACAAGCCCAUUAAGGGGGACUUGCUGCCAGCUUCGCCGCAGCAGCAGCUCCAGAAGGGUUGGUUUGGGGGCCCCCUGGCCCCCGCGGACGCUGCAGCAGCAGCAUGGGGUCCCCGGGGCCGGGGUUUGCUGCUGCUGGCUUGUCGAGGGCCCCCGGGGCCCUUUCCGAGGCGCUGGUGGCCGCGGGGGCCCCCGAAGGGGCCCCCGAAGGGCCCGAAGGGCCCGAAGGGGCCCCCGAGCAGUGCAAGUCCUGCCAACUUGCUGCUUCGUGGCUGCAGUCGCCGGCGCUGCACCGGCAGCAGCUGCUGCAGGCGUGCCCGUCGCUGGGCCGCGGCUUCGCGCCCAGCAGCUUGCUGCUGCAGCACCGACUCGUGCAGGGGCUGCUGCUGUUCCUGCAGGAAGAAACGGGAUUUGUCAGACUUAUUUGAUAAAAGAUAUUGGGUGACAUCUGUGGAUGGCGACAGAGUGCUGCUGCACUACUACAGACACCGCACGGACUUGGCGGCCUGUCGCGACAGCUGGGGCCCCGCGCAGCAGCAGCACCCCGCAGCCUCUGCUGCUGCUGCUGCUGCUGAAGCCGCAGCAGCAGCAGCAGCAGCAGCAGCAGGGGCCCGCGCCGAAGAAGACGUCGGCUGCACGGACAGCCGCUUCCCCCACGGUAGACCCCACGGCCGCUGCGGCUGCAGAGGCAUUUUGUUUAUUGUGGGCGGCAUCGGCGCGAAGGCGUACGACAUGCAGGUGCAGCACGUGGUGCUGCUGGCUGCUGCCAAGGGCUUUUGCGUCUUUUUCUUGUCUUGUUUGCGGGGAAUAGAAGCCCCGAUUUCGAACUUGCCCACCGACCUCACCACCAGUGCUGAUGUGCAAGCUGCUCUUUCUUUCAUUUUGCAUCUCCACGUCAACGGCUUCAAGGACCCCCCCCAGCAGCAGCAGCAGCAGCAGCAGCAGCAGCAGCAGCAGCAGCAGCAGCAGCAGCAGCAGCGCGGUGCGGCGGAGGCGGGCGCCGAGCCGCGCCGCCGCCAACAAGGCCACGGGCACGCCCACACCCACCAGGAGCAGCAGCACUGGCAGCAGCAGCAGCAGCAGCAGCAGCAGCAGCAUCGCACUGUUUUGACAAUGGACGAAGUCGAUGAGGGCUUCUGCAGGAUGAUAACGGAGGGGGAAGAAGAGGCUUUCCUCAAAUCCAUUCCUGAUGGAUUUAUUCCUCCCGUAUUUCUCAUGGGAUACUCUAUGGGGUCUUGUGCAAUUCUGCGGCUGCUGGGCUCUUUGGGGCUGCAGCAGGCGUUUCAGCAGCUGCAGCAGCAGCAGCAGCAGCAGCAGCGCGAAGGGUCCAGCAAGGACUCCGCACAGACCACUGCCGCGGACACGCCUAGCAGCGAGAGCAGCGAGUACAGCGGCAGGAGCAAACGCAGCAACAGCAACAGCAGCAGCAGCAGCAGCAGCAGCCCGCUGGAACUCUCCCCCUUUUGUAGGGACCUCGCAGCAGCAGUUGCCAGUGAAUAUGUGCCGUGUCUGGAGUGGCUUCGUUUCCUCAAAGGCGCAGUCACCAUCUCGAACGCCAUGUGCCUGGACAGCUGCAUCGGCUCCCUGGACCGCGCCGGCGGCGUGACCGGCCGGCUGUGCAAAAGCACCAUGCUGAAGAUGUACAAGGUGAAGCAGUGGCUGGAACCCAGCAGUAAUUACCUCACAAAAGGGCUGGACCCUGGCCUAAUAGCUCUUUCGCAGAUGACGUCGACUUUGCGAGAGAUCGACCUGCUGACGCACUUGUCGAUCUGCUUCACCCCCUCUUCGCCGCUUUCCUGCACGCGCGUCUACUACGCCCUGACCACCUGCCUGCCGCACAUGCUGCUGGUCCCAGUGCCGCUGCUGUGUCUGCAUGCGCUGGAUGACCCGAUAGUGGAGCCCUUGGCAGUGUGCCGGGCUGCAGCAACAGUGCCCAAGUACAACCCGAACUGCACGUACGCAGUGGUGGGCCGGGGCGGCCACAAUCUGUUUCAAGAGUCGUUUUGGCCCUUGAUCGGCACCGCCGUGUGGCGCUGGCUCGCCAGUGCAUGCAAAAACAUCAGCCGCAACUUUAGUGGAGAAGAAAAGAGCAAAAAAGCGGAAAAAAGCGCAGAAAAAGGCGCAGAAAUGAACUGCAAACAGCCCAGGGGCCUCUACGUGGACCACAGCUUCCAAGCCCGAGUUGCACUGGAGUUCAUCACCGCGGUUUGGAGAAGAUGCGACUAA